AUGGCGCCUAGAACCGGAAGCGCCACACGGCCAAGAAGCUCCAGAAUCGCGGAAAAGGCAACCGCCAAUAAGACCGCCGAGAAGAAGAAGCCGGCGCCCGAGAAGGUUGCCGCAAAGCCCAAGGGCAUUAGCAAGCGCGCCCCGAAGAAGCGCGCCCCAAAAAGCCCGCCGCCACCUCCACUGGCCGCGGCCUACGCCUCAGACCCUGGCUUUACCGGGCACACCUACCAUCCUCCCGUCGAUGACUCGGUCAUCGAGGCCCUCAAGGAGAGCCUCGAGGUGUGCCCGGAACCGUCCGGUCGGGUGCGACGCUACCCGUUCCGGAACGAGGUUUUCCGUCGGGGCGAGAUGCCCCGGGGCAUCAGAAUGCACAUCGAGGUGCCCGACACCUUGGACUUCGAGGCGCUCAGGUGUCGUACCCCUCGCUAG